AUGCUGGCUUCGGUGCUCGUCGCUUCGUCGCUGCUGCUUCCGGCCGCUUCCGUCCGGGGCCUCGUAUCGCGUCAGCAGCAGGACGCCAACUCGCCCCUGUACCUCAACGAGCCCUCGUGUGAUAGCUACCAGUGCUCCAUCACCUGGAAGCCCGGGCAGAAUGCGACGGCCAACUGGCUAAAUGCGCCCGACGGCAACGUCGUCCUCGACCUCAUGACCAAUGCCUCGAGCGUCGUCGCCCACAACAUUGGUACCGUCCCCGGCGUCACGAGUAACUGUGAUGCAGGUCAAGGAGCGGGUGUUGCCGUCGCCGGCACCACCUGCGGCUCGGCUAGCUUCAUCGUCGCCACCGAGUGGGUGGGGGGCAACUACACGCUCCGGGCCAUGUCGCAGAACCAGCCCAGCAUCGAGAGCUACACCGAUGUCAUCCUCGUUGUCGCCGACCCGGCCAACACAGCCUCGGUCGCUUUUUCGCUCGAGGGGGCCACGGCCACGGCCACGUCCAACGGCACCUCUGCUUCGUCCUCUGUCGCUGGCUCCUCGCCGUCUGCGGGCUCCUCCUCCUCCUCUUCCAAGAGUGGCGCCAAUCCCACGACGGCGGCACCGACGACGUCCAAGAGCAGCAGCGCAGACGCUGCCAUCGCCUCGCUCCGUUCCCACGACACCGCCCUCGUCGUUGCCUCUACGCUGGCCGCCGCCGUCUUUGCCUCGGUCUUUGUCAUCCUCUGA